AAACGAUUGAUAUGUUGUUGUUUCUCUGCAGCAGCGUUAUUUUAUUUGGUAUUUUUAUGGAUUUGUAAACCACAACUUCAAUUUAAGGACACACUAAUUUAACUGCAGACCCUCCCUGCUGUCAGAUAUCCACCAUGACCAUCCUUGGUGGCAGCUUUGAUGACCAGUCCUUCAGUAGUGAGGAGAGUUAUGACCACGUCUUCACAGACUCAGAGACCACCACAGUCAAAGGUGUGUACUUCCAGCGGGCUAAGCAGCUCCAAGGGCCAGACACCGUGGGUCUGCCCCUCAAUGCUUCACGACAGCUUCUCAUCAAUGUGGGCGGCGUCCGGUAUGCCUUCCCCUGGACCACCCUGGAGGAUUUCCCUCAGAGCCGUCUGAGUCGCCUGUGCUUCUGCACCACCUUAAAGGAGAUUGCAGAGAUUUGUGAUGACUAUGAUGAGACGCGACGUGAAUUCUUCUUUGACCGUGACCCUUUAGCCUUUCGAGCCAUCUUCAGCUAUUUGGCAAAAGGGAAGCUGCGUCUGCUGCAGGAGGUCUGCAACGUGGCUCUGCAUGGUGAGCUGCUGUACUGGGGCAUUGACACGGGGCAGAUGGAGCGCUGCUGCCGCCACCGCAUGAUGUCGUCUGUGGAGGAGGUGGCCGAGCACCAGCGCAAAGAGGAGAAGUGGCAGGAGAGGAGGAAGGUGCUGAGGGCUCCUGUUAUGGGGGACGGCCUGUUCCACAUGCUGGGCGAGGCAGUGGAGAAUCCUCACUCUGGGUUAGCAGGGAAAGUGUUUGCCCUCCUGUCCGUCAUCAUGGUGGUGGUCACUGUGGUCAGCCUGUGCAUCAGCACCAUGUCAGAACACAGGAAGAGGGAACAGGAACAGGAAGAGGGUGAAUGCUCCCAGGAGUGUCGCAACAUGUUUGUGGUGGAGUCAGUUUGUGUGGUCUGGUUCUCCUUUGAGUUUCUGGUGCGGUUUUUCCACGCACAAAGCAAGCUGGAUUUUGCCCGUGGUCCACUCAACAUCAUCGACGCAGUUGCCAUCUUGCCCUACUACAUCUCUCUGUUUCUGGAGCUCAGGAGUAAGUCUGUGCAGGACGUCGUGGCUGUAGCAGGAAGAAGUACUCUGGAUAAACUGGGUCUAAUCCUACGUGUGAUGAGGGCUCUGCGCAUCCUGUAUGUGAUGAGGCUGGCGCGUCACUCUCUGGGUCUGCAGACUCUGGGGCUGACCAUCCAGCGCAGUAUGACGGACUUCGGGCUGCUGCUGCUCUUCAUGUGCAUCGCUGUAACUCUCUUCUCCCCGCUGGUCCAUCUUGCUGAGAGCGAGCUGGCCCCCAAUGCUGCCAGAUCCCCCCAGUUCAGCUUCAGCAGCAUCCCAGCAUCUUACUGGUGGUCCAUCAUCUCCGUGACGACAGUGGGGUACGGUGACAUGGUGCCGCGCAGCAUCCCCGGCCAGCUAGUGGCGCUGAUCAGCAUCUUGUCAGGGAUCCUCAUUCUGUCGUACCCUUCCACAUCGAUCUACCACACCUUCUACCACACCUACACCAGGCUGAAGGAGGAGCACAAGUGGGUGUGGAGGGAGCAGAGGGGGGCGGAGCUUGUCACUGAGGCUGAAGGAAGCGUGAAAGAAAGAGAAACCUGGACUGAUAACUGGCCAGAAACUGACUUUCUACCUGGUGUGGAGGAUAGGGAAGAUUGUCUUAUUCCUCCAAUCAGAAACAUGCGUGAGUGAUGACACUCAUUCUGCACAUGUUUUUCACGAGCUGUAUUUUUGUCAAACUGUCCUGAGCUUUUUAGUUUGAAUUAAUCAAACUUUCUUGGUUUGAAUCUUUGUUGUGUUGACUUCUAAUGACAUGAUUAGCAUGUGUCAGCGUGUCUAGCUCUGAUGUUCUGUCAUGGCUGACAGGAUGAAGACGGAUGAAACAAGUUGUUGUAACUGUCUCCAAGCUGAGCAGCUAAAUCACAACAGACCACACAACAGUGUGUUUCAAUGUUUUAGUUCAAAAUAAACAAAAUAUGCAGCUGAUUUUGUCCCAUAGCAAAACAAAUGCAACAAUAAUUGUUCAUUUUAACAUAAAAUACAAAGAAGUUAUUUUGAGAAUUAUUUUGUUAUAGCCUCUCAUAGUCUUAUAAUAUAUUUGCCUGAUCUGUUUAUUAUUACAAUGAAAAAAGAUACAUUUUGCCUAUUUUGUCUCAAGGUAGUUUUUCUAUGUUCUGUGCAAAACCCCAAUAACUGUUCUUUGAUAAAUAUUAUUAGAUAAAUAAUUCUCUAAUAUUUUUGUAUAAAUAAAUAAUGCUAUUAUAUUAUUGUUAACUAUGGAUAUUCAGAAUACUAGACUUAUCGAGACAAAAAAAUUAUUUAAGUUGAGUAAGUGAAAUUUUAC